GGGAGGAUAACUCUUUUGCAGCCGUCAGCGUGCUAUCUGCAGUAUGCGACCUUUUAUCAAAACAACAGAAAAAAUAACAAAAUGACAGAUUCAUCAGAAAAGACCCCUUUAAUUAACUCUGAUAGAGUUCUUCAAGAUGCUGAAGAAAAAGAAAAAUCAGUGGAUACUAACAAAGAAGAAUUUUCAUUUUCCAGAAUCACACGACGCGAAAAAUUGCUGCUUUUAUCUAUGGGACUUAUGAAUUUUUUUGCGUGCACAUGUUUUUCACUUUUAGCACCAUUUUUCCCUGCUGAGGCUGCAAGGAAAGGAGUAUCAACAACAGUUACAGGAUUUAUAUUUGGUGUUUUUGAAUUUAUUAUUUUUAUAUCAUCACCAAUAUUUGGUAAUUAUAUCACAAGAAUAGGCUCAAAGUUUAUGUUUUCAUGUGGUACAUUUGUAACCGGAACAUGUGCAAUUCUUUUUGGAGUUUUAGAUAGAUGUCCAGAUGGGACAGUUUAUAUUGUGAUGUGCUUUUGCUGUCGUGUAGUGGAAGCAUUAGGGUGCUCAGCAUAUGUUACAGCUUUGUUUGCCAUAACUGCCAGUGUGUUCCCUGACAAUGUAUCCACUGUUUUUGGAGCACUAGAAACAUUUAGUGGAAUAGGUAUGAUGGUAGGUCCAGCAAUAGGUGGAGCUUUAUAUACAGCUGGAGGCUUUGGUUUACCAUUCUUUGCUAUGGGUUCCAUAGUUAUACUGUAUGGAUUGUUUUGUCUCUAUCUAAUGCCUCCAGUUAAAGAUCACCAUAGCAAGUUAUCAAAACCUUUUAUUUAUCUCCUGAAGAGUCCAUUAGCUUUGGUAACUGGAAUCUCCAUCGUUGUAGGAGCAUUUUCAUUAGGAUUUAUGGAUCCUACCUUGGCUCAACAUUUAUCAAAGUUGCAUUUAAAUACAUGGCAGAUAGGAUUGAUGUUUUUGAUAGCUCCAGGAAUAUAUGCUUUCACAGCGCCAUUAUGGGGCUGGAUUACUGAUAGUAAGGGUUAUGUAAGAACAAUGAUAUUUAUAGGAAAUCUUUUAAGUGUUUUAGCUUUCCUGAUGUUAGGCCCAUCAUCUUUAAUACCUUUCUUUCCAUUUAAUAUAUGGUUUAUGAUCAUAUCAUUGAUUCUACUUGGUUUAAUGGUAGGAUGUGCCCUUAUUCCAACAUUCAAGGGAGUUCUACAAGGUGCUUUAGAAAUUGGAAUGCCAGAAAACAUGGAUACCCAUGGUAUAGUGUCAGGAUACUUUAAUUCAUUAUUCUCAUUAGGGGCAUUUUUAGGACCAACUGCAGGUGGCGCUUUUGUUGAUGCCUUUGGAUUCAAAUGGGGAUCCACUGGGGUAGCUGGUUUGUUUUUAUUUGCUGCUUUUCUAAUUUUACUUUAUGCACUUCUGUCAUCAAAAUGUAGGACAUCACAUGCAGACACAGUGUCACAAACAGAUUAUCUCCAGAUUGAAGGAGAAAACAGCUCUGUCGAGAUUAUGACCAACAGAGAAUCACAGAUAACUGUAUGAUAUGUAAUAUUAAUUUGGUAUGUGAUCGCAAAAAGUAGCAUGUUGUCUGUGAUAUGGGUCGCCUUUGAAAAAAUUGUGAUAGAACUCAACCAUGGAAGAUAAUAUACAUGUAGUCAGUAUUGGAUAUUAAGAGAACUUCAUUUCAGCAUGAACCAGUAUAGCUACCUCAAUAUAUUUUUUUAAGAUUUCUUCUCUCUACUUGAUGAAAUCCAGUACCGGUAAUUCAUUAAUGCAGUCAACAUAGUAAUCAGAAGGUCUAAUAUACAGUUCCAAGGCCUGGUAUUUUGAAGAUUAGAUGGGUAGUCAUUCAGCCAAGUAAUUAGAAACUAAUUGUUAGAGAAGGGAAUGCAAGGCCUAAUAGUCUAAAGGUCUGAGAAACAGUUCAAAAAUUUGAUAGUCUACAAGCCAGAUGAGCCAAACAGAGUAAUGUGAAAGCUUAGUAAUCAAAUAUUAAAAGCAAUAUAGAAUUUAUUUAUCGAUUGUUUUGUAGUAAUAUCUGUUUAAUAUAUUGAUUCUAUUUUCUUAUCAAUUAAAUGUAGAACUGCAAUGGCCAAAAGUUCUUUUUCAUAAAUUGUUGAAUUGACAUUGAUAAAAAUUUAAUUAUUUUAAAUAUUAAAAUUUUUUUAUGACUGACUAAGUCAAAUAUGAGGGCUUAACAGGUAUACUUCCAUAGUUUCUAAAUACCUAAGAUAGUGACUUGUACUUAUAACCACCGUACUUUGUAAUGUUAUGGGCAACAUUUUGUAAUCUUAAUUUCUUUUACUGUAAGAUGAAUGAAACUUUUUAUACUCCAUUAGUUGUGCAAUACUCUUUGCGUAGUUUAAUCUACUUAAUUUAAUACUUUCAUAAUCAUAUUUACUGUGAUUUGAUCUGUUGUUAGUGCCAACUGUUCUUAAAUGAGUUUUUGGUAUUAGUAAAAAGUCCGUAAAAUGUUUUCUUCUUUAAUAUACCUCAGCAAGUUUCCACGUCCUUUUGAUGCUUCAACAGAUGUAUGUCCUUCUAAACAUCCUUUAUGUACUAUGUACAUGACAUAUGACAAUCAAAGCUUCCUUGUAAUAUCAUGUUUUGUUGCAUAAGCAUUUUAAAAUCUACGCAAACAGACCUUUGUCUUUAAGUCUUUGUUAGUGAUAAUGUCGGCACAUGCUUUAAUUUAACAUUUUACUUCAAUUUUGACUAAAACUUUAUUCUGCUAUUUACUAUGACUUGACUAUAGGUGUUACUGUUUACCUUUACCUAUUGUUCAACCAGAUUUUAAAAUUGACAAUACAAUUGGGACAUUUAAAUUGACCAGUUGCCAGAUUUAAAUCUCACUGAACCUGUAAGAAUCUACCUUGAUGGAUUUACCUAUGAAAGGUCCAUGAAGUGACUUCACCUGUUCAGUGGUUAAAUUUUGUUCAAACUUUAAACUGACUAUUGUUUAUUUAUAGAUGAAAACAGCAAAUUUUCAGGAAAAAUAUCAUUUGAUAUUUUAAAAAAGACUCAUCUAUUCCAAUAACAAUAAUAAUGAUAACAACAAUAAUAAUGUAACGCUGUUAUUAGGAAAUGAAAUUAAAUAGUACAUGAUCAAUUAAGAAAUUUUGUAAUCUGACCCAUUUAAAAUUAUAAAAACAGUGCUAAUUUCAGUAAAUAACAUAACAUGCCUACAGUUUAAAUUAGCAUACACUGUAUAUGGUAUGAAAAAAGCUUGAGUAUGGCCACAAUAUGCAAAUGAUUCCAUGUUCUAAUUUUUGCUAAAAACUGCUGAUUUUUUUUAUACGACCGCAAAAAUUAAAAUUUUUUGGUUGUAUAUUGGUAUCACGUUGUCACCUUCGUCAGCGUCGUCAGAAGACAGAUGGUUUCCGGAUAAUAACUUAAGUAUAAGUAAAUAGAAAUCAAUAAAAUUUUAACACAAGGUUUAUAACCACUAAAGGAAGGUUGGGAUUGAUUUUGGGGGUUAUGGUCCCAACUGUUUCGGAAUUAGGGGUCAAAAAAGGGGCCCAUAUAAGCAUUUUUGUAGUUUCCAGACAAUAACUUGUGUUAAAGUGUAUGAAUCUCUCUGAAAUUAUACCACAAGUUUCCAUACUACAAAGGGAUGGUUAGGAUUGACUUUGGGGGGUUAUGGCUCAAACCAUUUAGGAAUUAGGGGCAAAAAAAGGGGAACAACAAGGGUUUUUCUGGUUAAAGGACAAUUGAGACAAUAACUUUAGUUUAAGUGAAUGGAUCUCUAUGAAAUUUUAUCAGAAGGUUCAAUACCACAUAAGGAAGGUUGGGAUUGAUUUUGGGGGUUAUGGUACCAACAGUUUAGGAAUUAGGGGCAAACAAGUGACCAAAAACAAUCAUUUUUGUAGUUUCCAGACAAUAAUUCAAAAAGUUGGUGUUUUCUCAGGGCACUCUGGCUUCCUCCACCAAUAAAACUGGCCGCCACGAAAUAGCCCAAAAGUGGUGCUUAAAAGUGACGUUAAAACACCAAAAAUCAAAUCAAAAAGUUGGGGGGAUUUUUUUUUCCAAUUUUUUUGGAGGGUUAAUUUUUUCUUCAAAAUUUUGAAAUCUUCAAUGGCACAGUAUUGCACAAUAGCAAGAAAUCUUAAAUUGCACAGUAUUGUGCAAUAGCAAGAAAUCUUCAAUUGCACAGUAUUGCGCAAUAGCACAGUAUUGUAUAAUAGCACAGUAUUGGGCAAAAGCAAGAAGUGUUCGAUUGCACAGUAUUGCGCAAUAGCAAAAAAUCUUCAAUUGCACAGUAUUGCGCAACAACACAGUAUUGCGCAAUAGCACAGUAUUGCGCAAUAGCACUGUAUUGCACAAUAGCAAGAAAUCUUCAAUUGCAUGGUAUUGCGCAAUAGUACAGUAUUGCACAAUAGCAAGAAAUCUUCAAUUGCACAGUAUUGCGCAAUAGCAAGAAAUAUUAAAUUUAACAAUAGCAUUUGGUCAUUUUACAAAACAAAUCUUUGAUUGGGCGAAAAAUGGUUGUUAUUUUGUAUGAUUGAAAAAAAGCUAAAAGUCAAGUUUCAUUGGUUUCAUUAAUGAUGAGAUGUCAUUUAAGGUCAUACCACAUGUUGUUUUUGUAUUUUUGUAACUGUUUUUUUUGUAUGAAAUUUUACACAAACUUAUCAUUCAAUAGUAAUAUUUUAUAAAUAUUGUUAACUUGGAAUGAUAAGAUAAAAUUGCAAGAAAUUGUUCAUAAAUCAUACUGUGUUGUCAUGGAAAUACCCAAGAUUGUUACAUAUUUUUUUUUUACCAAAUUAUGAUUCAAUAAUGCAAUAUAUAUUUCAUACUUUUUUAAUUUACAAUUUACAAAGAUGCAGUUUGGAGCCAAAAAAAAAAAAAAAAAUUGCUUAUAACUACAAUAUUAUAUUUUUAAAUUAUAAAAUUCUGGUUGACUAGAUGCCCUCCCUUAAUAUUUUGACAGAAAACUUAUAAAUUUGGAAAUUUAUGCAAGCUGACUAAGCCAAAUGGCUUUUAUUAGAAUUAUAAUAAUGUGUACUAAACCAUUUUAUGCUAUACAGCAAGAUUGUAAGUGCUAUGGCAUUUUUAUUUUUACAACUAGUUAAAUAUUUAAAAUAUAAUUUGACCUUUGUAUUUAUUCUUGUGUAUUUGCUUGAGCGAUAUAUUUGUGUAUGCAGCUAUAUGCCAUAUUACCAUCUAUGAGAGGUUACACAUUACUAUUGUCUUUCCUGUUUAGUGAUAUAAUAUAUUAUAAAUAUCGAGGUAUAUUGAUUAUACCGGUUCAGUUAUUUUGAAUCAUAUUUUUUACACUGAUUUGCAUUAUCUUUUGAUUAUUAUAUAUAUUUUUUUUUGUAGAAUAUAUGACAUAUGAUUGCAAGUCCUUUUUACUAUGAAUACAUGUUAAAGGGGCAUUAGCUGUCAAAUUCAGGUUCACCGAUUUGAUUCAAAUUCUUACAUUCGACUUAUAACAAACUAAAAUGCAUAUCCAAAUAAUAAAAAGUCUAAAAUAACCAUCUAAUUAACCAUCGAGGUGACCUCCGAAGAC